CUUAAUACAUUAUCUAUUUAUUUUAAAAUCAUUGUUACAUUUCUGGUGUUAAAAUACGCGGAACGUUUUGCGGCGGAAGAACGUAUUACAGUUCCGGUCCGCCUUUUCCGGUCCUCUUUCCUGCCUCCUUUCCAAGAUGACUAAGAAGAGAAGGAAUAACGGACGCGCCAAGAAGGGCCGUGGGCAUGUUCAGCCUAUACGCUGCACUAACUGUGCUCGGUGUGUACCCAAAGACAAGGCCAUCAAAAAGUUUGUGAUCAGGAACAUCGUUGAGGCUGCAGCCGUGAGGGACAUCUCGGAGGCUAGUGUAUUUGACUCCUAUGUGCUGCCCAAGCUCUAUGUCAAACUGCAUUAUUGCGUGAGCUGUGCCAUCCACAGUAAGGUGGUGAGGAACCGCUCUCGGGAGGCCCGAAAGGACAGGACACCACCUCCACGCUUUAGGCCUAGCGGUGCUCCCCCCAGAGCUCCUCCUAAGCCUAUGUAAAGAAUGAGUCAAAAAAUUGUACAUGUAAAUGUGCAAUGAAAUAAAAUAAUUUGAUGAGGA